AGCGAACGGCGGCGGGAGGAGCCGGGCGCGCCCGCCACGCAAAACCACGGUGCUCGGUCCCCAGCGGCAGUGGCAGCUCUGACAGCGGCCCGUGCGCUGUGAUUCCACGGUGCCCUGCAUCCCUCAUCCCACAUCCGCCGCGCUCCCCGAUUCCUCACAAACGCCGGUGCCCAUCAUGGGGAAGCCCACGAGCUCGGGAUGCGACUGGCGCCGCUUCCUGCGGAAUCACUGGCUGCUGCUCUCCACCGUGGCCGCCGUGGUACUGGGCAUCGUGGUAGGAGUCUUGGUUCGAGGACACAGUGAGCUCUCGAAUCUGGAUAAAUUCUACUUUGCGUUUCCUGGAGAAAUUCUGAUGCGGAUGCUGAAGCUCGUCAUUCUGCCACUGAUUAUAUCCAGCAUGAUCACAGGUGUCGCUGCACUGGAUUCCAACGUAUCUGGAAAAAUUGGUCUUCGUGCUGUAGUAUAUUAUUUCUCCACCACCGUCAUUGCUGUAAUCCUAGGUAUUGUGUUAGUUGUGAGCAUCAAGCCUGGUGUCACUCAGAAAGUGAAUGAAAUCAACAGGACGGGCAAAACCCCUGAGGUCAGCACUGUGGACGCCAUGUUGGAUCUGAUCAGGAACAUGUUCCCUGAGAACCUGGUCCAAGCCUGUUUUCAGCAGUACAAAACCAAGCGUGAAGAAGUGAAGCCUGCCAGCGAUCCUGGGGGGAACCAGACAGAGGUGUCUGUCACCACGGCCAUGACAACAAUGUCUGAGAACAAGACAAAGGAAUACAAAAUCGUGGGCCUGUACUCAGACGGCAUCAACGUCCUGGGCCUGAUUAUCUUCUGCCUCGUCUUCGGACUUGUCAUUGGAAAAAUGGGAGAAAAAGGGCAGAUUCUGGUGGAUUUCUUCAAUGCGUUGAGUGACGCCACCAUGAAAAUCGUUCAGAUCAUCAUGUGUUACAUGCCGAUCGGUAUUUUGUUCCUAAUCGCUGGGAAGAUCAUAGAAGUUGAAGACUGGGAAAUAUUCCGCAAGUUGGGCCUUUAUAUGGCCACUGUCCUGAGUGGGCUUGCAAUCCACUCCCUCGUAGUGCUGCCACUGAUCUAUUUCAUAGUCGUGCGGAAGAACCCUUUCCGCUUUGCCUUGGGCAUGGCGCAGGCUCUCCUGACAGCUCUCAUGAUCUCGUCCAGCUCAGCAACCCUUCCAGUUACAUUCCGCUGUGCGGAAGAGAAGAACCACGUGGACAAGAGGAUCACAAGGUUUGUGCUGCCCGUCGGCGCCACCAUCAACAUGGACGGCACUGCGCUCUAUGAAGCCGUGGCGGCUGUGUUCAUUGCGCAGCUGAACGGCAUGGACCUGAGCAUUGGGCAGAUCAUCACGAUCAGCAUCACAGCCACCGCUGCUAGCAUUGGAGCUGCCGGUGUGCCCCAGGCUGGCCUGGUGACCAUGGUGAUCGUGCUGAGUGCCGUGGGGCUGCCUGCGGAGGACGUCACCCUCAUCAUUGCCGUUGACUGGCUCCUGGACCGGUUCAGGACCAUGGUGAACGUUCUGGGCGAUGCGUUUGGGACGGGCAUCGUGGAGAAGCUGUCCAAGAAGGAGCUGGAGCAGGUGGAUGUCUCCUCUGAAGUCAACAUUGUGAACCCCUUUGCCUUGGAGCCCACGAUCCUGGAUAAUGAAGACUCAGAUACGAAGAAGUCUUACGUCAAUGGGGGCUUCUCGGUAGACAAAUCUGACACCAUCUCGUUCACUCAGACCUCGCAGUUCUAGACGCCUGGCCUCAGAUGCCUGGGACUGUGAAGGGCAUCUCCGCGGGAGCCAUCUCUUAGCCAACUCCAGCGUUCAGGAGCGAGAAGGACACGAAGAAUCAACUGUACAUUUAGUUUGAUAAACAGACCUCCAGAUUAUUUUCUAUAUUUGGCUCUAUAGCCUUUGUUCUCUGGGUUUGGGAACUUGGGGCGGGGAUGAGCCGAAGGGAAAUUAAGAAAGCUGUGUUAUCUGGACUUUCUAAUUCUGUAAAACAAAGUUUGGAAGUAUACGACGUAGUAACUGUUAGGAUUAGGUCAUGGGUCUGGGAGAGAAAUUGCUUUCUCAAGCACAGACCAGUAUUUGGGGUUUUUAAACAAUAUUAUUGGCUACAAAUUUUUACUCAGGCUUUCUAUUGGCGGGGCUUCCUUUGCCUUCUCACUUUUUAUAGAUUAUAAUUCAGCUCAAAAGCCCCACCCAGUCAACCAGUGCCAAAUUUUCCAUUUUGACCUCAUCUCCAGCAACUCUCAAACUACUUUUGGGAAAAAAAAAAAAAAGCAAAAAGGAUCAGCAUAGUCUGCAAUAACAGUUUCAAGAUAGCGUGGGGCUUAGGGGAAGGGAAGGGUUUUUUAUUCAAUGUACUGUAUUGGGACGCUGGAUGUCAGUGUUCGGUAUAGAACUAUAUGUAUAUGUGUGUAUAUUUAUUAUUUUCAUGUAAUUUGCAAGACAGAGAUCAGUAAUGAACUAUCAAUGUGAAACGA